GGAAGGGCAGGUAAACAGCAACCAUGACAGCUUCACCUGUAUAUGCUGUUCUAAUUAUUGUCUUUAGUUGUCUUUAUCAUCCGCUCUCUGCUGCUAUAGCAAGCUGCAAUGACCGAUGUGGAGAAUCUUACUACAGGGGUGAUAUCUGUCACUGUGACUACGAUUGUCUUUUACACAAGGAGUGCUGUAGUGAUUAUGAAGCUUUCUGUACCACAGUUGAUUCCUGUAAGGGGCGAUGUGGAGAGACCUUUCAGCGUGGCAAACAGUGUUAUUGUGAUGUAGAAUGCUCACGGUAUAACCAGUGCUGUCCUGAUUACCGAAAACACUGUACAAUAGAAAUCCACCAAAAGCCAGGCAUGCCACCAACAAUAGUGCCAAUAACCACAAGAAGAUCCACAACUCAUGCUGACUCUAGGAAACAGAACAUAAUAGAGGCUACCAAGAUUAAACCAACUAAGAAGUUAGCAGUGAAGUCACUUUCACUUAGCAAGAAAGCAUUUCCUACAAAACCCACAAGGAUGAUGGCAUUAGAACCGGCAGCUGACAGCGAAUCCAGUGAAAAUGAAGAUAUUAUCAAAGAUUUGACUGACAGCCAGCUGCUCCCCUUACCCAACGUCCCAGGGAACAAGGAACCUGCCCCUGAACAGGAGCCUCAAGUAUCGUUGAUUAACUCCAAUCGUGGUCGUGACCUCCAGGGAGAUGAGGCUAAAAUCCCUGAUGGUACAGUCUCCACAGAGACCACACCACCGGCAAAGGUUCAAAAGCUACUGGAUUCCACACUGACCAAUCCUUUUGUCCUGAAGAAGGCUGAGAAACCCCAGGCCUCUGCCCCUGUGGAAGCAGAUAAAGAGGAAGGGCCUGCAGAGAGUGUGAGCGGAUUCGAACCCUUAGUGACCAGCUCUCCUGACGUGACUGUAGCAGGUCUUGUCACACUGACGCCACUGAGCUCAAUGACCACACAUUCUGGAAAACCCUCCCUGGGUCCAGGGGGGGAGGGAGUCAAAGAGACUUUAGAGGGGACUUACGCCGUCUUUCCUACUGAAGGAAAAGUCUACUUGACAAGUCAGACUGAGAUUGCUGCAGCAAACAGCAGCACUGGUUUGCCCUCACCAGUGCAGAGCAGCCUGCCUCCUACAAGGAUUUCAGACGAUGAGGUCAAACCAUCUGCUGUCACUGCUCAGACCCCUGUUGCUACUGAAGAUCUUGCAAAGUCAACAGUGUCUCCAGUACCAGACGAUGAGGUCAAACUGCCUGCUGUCACUCCUCAGUCCCCUGUUGGUACUGAAGAUCUUGCAAAAUCAACAAUGUCUCCAGAACCAGAAAAUAUUGCCUCUCAGACCACUGCUCACAAUGGAGUCCCGUCAUCGGUUUCUGUAGGUGUGCAUGUGAUCUCGCCUACAGAAGGAAUCAAAGACAUGUUCACGCUAACGCACACAUCGGUACACACCUCUUUACCAGAACCCUCUGAAAGACCUGAGAGGCUAAGCUUUGCUUCAGCAGUUCCAGCAGACAUCCCUGUUCCCAGCACUUCGUCAGGAACUGUCACAAUCCAAAGCACCGUUCCCUCAAAACAUCCCAGUGACUCAGUAGGUGAAAAUAAUGAUACCAACAUCUGCAGCGGCCGUCCAGCUAAUGCACUGACGACUCUACAAAAUGGAACAAUGAUUGUUUUCCGGGGACAUUUUUUCUGGACAUUCGGCUCCAACGGAGCUCUAGGACACCCUCGCAGGAUAACAGAAGAGUGGGGAAUUCCUUCUCCCAUAGAUACGGUCUUCACUCGCUGUAACUGCCAAGGGAAAACUUUCAUUUUCAAGGCAAACGAAUACUGGAGAUUUGACAAUGGGGUGAUGGACAGGGGGUACCCCAAACUGAUCUCCAAAGGGUUUGGAGGAAUGUCAGGACGAAUAACUGCUGCUCUGUCUGUGCCUGCUUUUGGAAAACGAAGGGAAGCCGUUUAUUUCUUCAAACGAGGAGGCUUGGUGCAAAAAUAUUCCUACAAACAAGAACCUUCCCAGUCUUGUGGCAAACCCCAAACCCAGUACCGCAUCUACAGCCUCCACAGCAGGAUAACUAGACAAGCAGGUCCAGUAUAUCUUGGAAAAGAAAUCAACAUUAAACUGACAUGGAAAGGUUUUCCUACAUCAGUUACUUCAGCUAUAUCUCUACCCAACUCCAAGAAACCAGAUGGAUAUGAUUAUUUUGUAUUUUCAAGGGCCAAGUACUACAACAUUAUAAUUAACAGCGACCAGCCAGCUGUGACUCCUCUGCUGAAGUCUGUGACCCACAAGGACACUGCUAAGGACUGGUACCACUGUCCAUAGAGGCUCCGGAAGCAAGACAUCGGAAGGCUGGUUUUUGAUUUGUCAAUUUUAUUAAUAAAAAAAAA